AUGCCUUCCUUUCCUCAUCCUGGUUCUGUCUCCAUAUGCGAAAUCAAUCGCGACCUCAUCACUGCUGAGAGCCUCUCCGAUGAUGUAGCCAAGGACACUUAUGGAAAGAUUCUUGGAAUGGUAUUCAGUCCGGUUCCGUUUCAGUCGGAUCAGCUGGCGCGGCCACCGAGCCCCGAGCAGGACGACCAACAAGUUGCAACAACAGCUCCAACAAAGGGAUUUCUACAAACUUUGCAGGGGAUCCUCAACCGCUCUCUCACACCUCUCUUCCAUCCUAAUCAUGUAAACUUGUUACCAGAAGUUGAUCUUCAAGGAGUCAGCUGGCACCAACAUAAACAUAUUAUAGCAUUUAUAUCUGGCCCAAAUCAAGUUAUAGUUCGUGAUUUUGAGGAUUCAGAGGGGAAGGAGCCGUGCAUUUUGGCUAAUGAGUCCCAGAGAGAGGUCAAGGUACUUGAGUGGAGGCCAAAUGGUGGAAGACAACUUUCAGUAGCAUGCAAUGGUGGAAUUUGCAUUUGGGCUGCUUCUUUCCCCGGAAGUGCAGCCUCUGUCAGAUCUGGUGCUUCUUCGUUCUUGGGAACUCUCUCUAGAGGUUCUGGAGUCCGAUAUACUUUGGUGGAUUUUCUUCGAAGUCAUAAUGGGGAACAGAUUAGUGCACUGUCAUGGAGUCCCAAUGGAAGAUAUCCAAACAAUCUCUGUUCUGGGCUUGGGACACCCAUUAGACGAGGACUAGGUGGCAUAUCAAUGCUGAAGUGGUCGCCAACUGGGGAUUACUUUUUCUCAGCAAAAUUUGAUGGAACAUUUUAUCUCUGGGAGACAAACACAUGGACAUCUGAGCCAUGGUCUUCAACUAGUGGCUUCGUCAAGGGAGCAUCAUGGGAUCCUGAUGGGCAUAUGAUACUUCUUGCUUUCUCUAAAUCUUCAACAUUGGGUUCCAUUCACUUCGCUUCAAAGCCUCCAUCACUUGAUGCGCACUUAUUACCUGUUGAGCUACCAGAGAUUAUGUCCUUAACAAACAGUCAGACCAUUGAGAAGAUAGCUUGGGAUGCUUCAGGAGAGCGUUUGGCUGUAUCUUUUAAAGAUGGUGAUGAGUUAUACAGAGGUCUUAUUGCCAUUUAUGAUGUUAGAAGGACUCCUCUAAUAUCUGCAUCUUUGAUUGGGUUUAUUAGAGGACCUGGGGACAAUCCAAAGCCGUUGGCAUUUUCAUUUCAUGACAAGUUUAAACAGGGACCCUUGCUUUUUGUGUGCUGGAGUAGUGGAUUUUGCUGUACCUACCCUCUCAUAUUUCGUUCCCAUGUUCUUCCCUAG